GAGCAGCAAUGCUGAUUGGAAGCUGUCUCGCUCUCAGGUUUCUACACGUUUUGCCGUCUUCAACAAAGGCGUAGUGAAAGCCUUCUGUGAUUGCAAAUUUCAAAUCCAAACGAUUAUUUCCAACGUGUAUGCAUUAAACCAUUUGUAACCCUCCCCUGUAGCUUUUUAAAAAAUUGUUGUAUUCCACUCAAAUUGCCUUACUGAUGAAAUUCAUUAUUAGUGGAGGGUACCAUUUGCGAGGAAUGACUGGAGUUUAACUCCAUUUGCGGCUGUAACCGUGAGCUUUUUUUGGGGUGGGGUUAAAUGAUAGCAACAUGGCGGAGAGCUGUGCGUGGUUGUUAGUGCUUGGCUCAGUUUUGUUAUGUAGUCUGUUCAAGAUGCUACUGCCAACCCUUUCCUCACUUGUGGCCAAACUUUUGCAAAAAGAUGGAGAGACUGAGCUUCAAAUGAGAUAUGAAAUUGGAAACAUGAAGCAGGAGUUGGCAACAAUCAGCAUGAUGGAUGAGUUUGCCAGAUAUGCACGGCUGGAGCGCAAGAUAAACAAAAUGACUGAUAAACUGAAAACUCACGUCAAAACAAGAACGGCACAGUUAGCAAAAAUCAAGUGGGUGGUGAAUAUUGUGUUUUAUAUUGUGCAGGCAGUUUUAAUGAUUUCCCUGAUAUUGAAAUAUUAUUCAAAACCUGUUGCUGUGCUUCCACGAAAAUGGAUGGCACCUUUGGAACGGAUGGUAGCUUUCCCAACUGGAGUAGAAGGUGGAGUUGGAAUCACAUGCUGGCUCUUGGUCUGCAAUAAAGUUGUGGCUGUAGCGUUACAGCCAUUCACCUGAACUGUGAUGCUGGGAAUUCAAGACCUGUAUUUAUUAUUUUGCCAGCUCCCCUUCUGGAAUCAAUUUUUUAAAAAAAUUGUUGUGGUUUCUAAAUUAUUUGCAAUAUCAUUUUGUGAAGUUUUUUUAACUGCUUUGAUUUAAAUUGGGGAUAUGAACAAAUGUCCAGAAACACAUUUUGUCAAGUAUAUCAAUUUUGGGGACCAAUAUAAUAGGAUUGAUAGGUUUUAAAAUUCAUUUCAAAUUAGAAGAGGGCAUUUGGGGAUAGUUCUGAAUGAUUGUUUAUAGUUUUUAAUGUCUGAGAAAACAAUUAUAAGUUGUGAUGCCAAACUGUUUGUUUUUGGUGGUCUGUAUGUACUAAUUCAUAUCCUGAUGUUGAGUUUAUUGGUUUUGUACAGGUGUUGCAAUCGAGAAGGUUGCCAUAUAUUUAUUGGAUCAUUGUUUUGCAUCGCAUAGCAAUUUGUUUAAAAUGAUAACUCUUUACAGACUUAAAAAUAGUGCUGACAGAAACUAAGUAAUUGAAGGAAGAUAAAGAUAGACACUGUUUAAAAAAAACCCAACAGGUUAGGCAGCAUCUAUAUAGAGCAAUUGACUCAAAUGUUUCAGGUCAGGUUUUACUUCUUUUGAAAUAAAACUUGAACGGGACCUCCAUGGAGGGUUAAACCUGUAACAUUGGCAUUGACAGUAGAGAGGCAGGAGAAGAAUAUGUGCUAUGGCGUUGAGCUAAAGAUCCACAUGUCCAAUGAUUAGUGGUCUUUUUACAGUUUAAAAUUAAAUGCAUUCUGUCCUGGAUCCCAAGAAAGACUUUGAACUAAAACUGUCAAUUGCAUUAUUUUUAGUAAGAAGGAGAGAGGUAUUUAUUAAUUUAAUUUAUAUAUUGUUACUAGAAACCUAAAUUUGAACAAUCUGAAGUGUUUUAACAAUAUGUUGCAGACUAAUUGUUGACUUUACUAAGAACUUGGGUAUUUUGUGCUAAUGAUAUUUAUCAGCAUUUAAAUGUUGAAUCUUGCCAUGUGUAAGUGUCAUUGUCAGUACAAUUUUCCAAUGAGAGUCAAACCCUGCUUGAAGAUAAAUUGCAAAGUUCACAAACAAACUAGGAAAUUACUGGACCUUGAAUAUAGUUUCCUUGGCUAUGUGCUACAGAAUCUAUGUCUGAGAAAUAGGGAGUACUCAUUUGUAUGCAGGUUGUUUAAUCUGCUUUUUAGAAUAAAGCUUUUGAUUUUCUGAUAGGAGUUGUUUGGACGUAGUGUUUUAGAUCUACUUUGCUUUAUGGUUCAAAAUAUUGUUGUCAAAGCUCCGCUGAUGAGACAUUUGGAGAAAAUGUACAGAAUGAUGUGCUGUUAAACUGUUUAGAUGCAGAUCUUUUGGAAGACUUAUUUGUUACCUUUGUUGUAUGGACAAAGAGGUCUCCCACCUCUUCGCCAUCUCUGAAGUGGCAAAACUCGGGCUGUUUUGUAUCCUGAUAGCUGUCAAAUGGAAAUGAGAGGUAUUGGAUGAGAAUGGGACGAAGCAAGCUAUUCUAGCCUCUCUUUCAUGAUUAAAAAUAAGUCGCUGAAUAUCUCUAUCAUGUUAUAAGCAUACGAACAUUGUCUGUGGGUAUUCACUAUUCUUUCUUUGAAGGGAAGCAUUCAGAUUUGAGGCAGCCUAGCAGUGAGCAGCUGUACACAGUAAAUCUUGUUUGUGAACGUACAUAAGGGACAUUGUGUGCUUCAGUUGGAAUUCACAAUGACACUUAAACGGAUGUUUUUAAAAACAUUAAAACAACGACAAAGAUGCUGAUAAGUGAGAUCAUACAGGCAAGAGUUCUUGAACUCAAAAGAUCCUUGAAAGAAAAUUAAUUGAUUUGACUGAGCUUUUGUAAACUUGGCUUAAAUCAGCAGUUGAUAAGCAGACAAAUUGUUUUUCAGAACAUUGAAUGGAUUUCAUAUCUGCAGCAUCCCACCGAUUAGUGACAAGUAUCACUAUUUCUCGGCUGUAGUUCAGUAUUUCAGGAACAUGAAUUUAGUGUCCAUUGCUUUUUGACAAAAUUGAAAGAUUUCUAGCCCCUCAACUCUGCUCUCAUCUUGUGGCUUGAUGCUGUUUGGUCAGCAGCUGGGAAAUUACCUUUCGCUCUCUUCUAAUCGUUGUGUUAUUGACCAUUAGGAAUACUUUUCUUUGUGUCUAUAAAUACCACCAGGAUUUUGUUUUAAGUUGUCACUCUACUAAACCAAGAAAAAAUGUGGUUUAAAGAAUAUGCCGGUGUUAAUGUUUUGUUAAUUUUAUUAUUUUCUAAGCAUGACCAUUACUAUUUACGUAUGAAUUGUCUUAAUCUUUCUAACAGAAUAAUUCUUUUAAGUAUACCAUUUGCUUUAAUGGUUACUUAAAAUUGAAUGUAGGACACAUUUGAUGUAUUUUUUUGUCUCCAUCAGUAUUCUUUUAAAUCACAUGGUUGAAAAGGGGACUGUCAAAAGAUGUUUUUUAAAAAAUUCUUAGGGCUAUUUUUCUCCCCUCUUGAGUCCACUUCAUAAUGAGACGCACUGUUUAUGGACACUUGGGUAGACUAUGAUACCUUGUCCAAUUGGCAGUCCCAAUCUGUUGUAUUCAAAUUAUUUAUUGGCUGAAUGAGGAUUGACUAAGGACAUUCUCUGUCUGUUUUGUUCCACAGAAAUGAAUAAACAUAGAAUUUCACUUUCAGUUGUUUCAGCAGCAUAUUCGAAUAAUGCCUCAGGUGAGGAGGGUACCAGUUUAAUUCCUUCCCAGUCUCCUGCAUUUCUGAUGUUAAUACCUGGUCAAAGGCCUAAAUUGAAAGGAAGAUUAUCUUUCUGUCCCUUCCCCACAGUGCUAGAUGAUAUCAUCAUGGUAUAAUGCCAGAGUCAUUGAGGAGUGAGUGGGAAAAACAUUUUUUAUUUUAAAAUAAAUUAAUCUUAUUUGGGAGACAAAUUCUCAGUUGAAGAUGGCCACACCAUACUCUUCGAGCUAUUAGAAACAAAUCUGUAACUACAUUUUGUUAUAUUGUGCCUGAUUACCUGUAUUGCCUGUUAAUAAACACUUGAUACCUA